UCUCGCCGCCCCCCGGGCCGGCUCCGCGCCGCGCAUUCCCCGCGCCUCGCGCCCGGAGCCCGGCGCCGGGACGGGCGGAGCGCACCAUGCCGCAGCUGGACUCGGGCGGGGGAAGCGCGGGCGGCGGCGACGACCUCGGCGCGCCCGACGAGCUGCUGGCCUUCCAGGACGAGGGCGAGGAGCAGGACAAGAGCCGCGACAGUGCCGCGGGCCCCGAGCGCGACCUGGCCGAGCUCAAGUCGUCUCUAGUCAACGAAUCCGAGGGCGCGGCCGGGGGCGCGGGGGUCCCGGGGACCGGCGCCGAGGCCGAAGCCCGGGCCGAGGCGCUCGGGCGGGAACACACUUCGCAGAGACUUUUCUCGGACAAACUUCCAGAGUCUCUGGAGGACGGCCUGAAGGCCCCAGAGUGUGUUAGCGGCAUGUACAAAGAGACCGUCUACUCAGCCUUCAAUCUGCUCAUGCACUACCCACCCCCCUCGGGAGCAGGGCAGCACCCCCAGCCGCAACCCCCGCUGCACAACAAGGCUAGUCAGCCCCCCCACGGAGUCCCCCAACUCUCUCCUCUCUAUGAACAUUUCAGCAGCCCACACCCCACACCUGCGCCUGCCGACAUCAACCAGAAGCAAGUUCACAGGCCCCUGCAGACCCCUGACCUGUCUGGCUUCUACUCUCUGACCUCAGGCAGCAUGGGACAGCUCCCCCACACUGUGAGCUGGCCCAGCCCUCCUCUCUACCCCCUGUCCCCUUCCUGCGGAUAUAGACAGCACUUCCCCGCCCCCACUGCAGCCCCUGGCGCCCCCUACCCCAGGUUCACCCACCCGUCCUUGAUGCUAGGCUCUGGCGUACCUGGCCACCCCGCAGCCAUCCCCCACCCAGCCAUUGUGCCCCCCUCAGGGAAGCAGGAGCUGCAGCCCUAUGACCGGAGCCUGAAGACCCAAGCAGAGGCCAAGGUGGAGAAGGAGGCCAAGAAGCCAACCAUCAAGAAGCCACUGAAUGCCUUCAUGCUGUACAUGAAGGAGAUGAGAGCCAAGGUCAUCGCAGAGUGCACACUCAAGGAAAGCGCUGCCAUCAACCAGAUCCUGGGACGCAGGUGGCACGCGCUGUCUCGGGAAGAGCAAGCCAAGUAUUAUGAGCUGGCCCGCAAAGAGAGGCAGCUGCACAUGCAGCUCUACCCAGGCUGGUCGGCGCGGGACAACUAUGGAAAGAAGAAGAGGCGCUCAAGGGAAAAGCACCAAGAAUCCAACACAGGAGGAAAAAGAAAUGCAUUCGGUACUUACCCGGAGAAGGCCGCUGCCCCAGCCCAGUUCCUUCCGAUGACAGUGCUCUAGGCUGCCCCGGGUCCCCAGCCCCUCAGGACUCGCCCUCAUACCUCCUGCUGCCCCACUUGCCCACAGAACUGCUUGCUAGCCCUGCGGAGCCGGCGCCUACAUCACCAGGUCUCUGCGCCACUC